CUUUGAAGUUGCAGCUACCCACAGACAAGGCAAGCAUUUCCCACACUACCAUGUCGCUUCGAUUUUCUAGUGGGUCCAGGCAUAUUUGCUUACAAUCUGGACCUGGAUCUGUCAGGCCAUCCAGUGUAGGUGCAGGCUUUGCAGGUAGCAAUGCAUGUGGCAACUCUCUCACUGGAAGUGGAUUUUCCUGUACCUUGGCAGGGGGCUUGGGCAGUGGGAGCCAUACCAAUGGUGCCGUUGGAAAUGCUGCUUGUGCUGACUUUGCUGGAAGUGAAGGGGGUCUCCUCUCCGGGAAUGAGAAGGUGACCAUGCAGAAUCUGAAUGACCGCUUGGCAUCCUACUUGGAUAAUGUGAGAGCUCUGGAGGAGGCAAAUGCUGAACUAGAGAGAAAAAUCAAAGGCUGGUAUGAAAAGUAUGGGCCUGGAUCUUGCCGUGGACUGGAUCAUGACUAUAGCAGAUAUCACCUAUCAAUUGAAGAUCUUAAGAAUAAGAUUAUCUCUUCCACUACUGCCAAUGCCAGUGUGAUUCUGCAGAUUGAUAAUGCCAGACUGGCUGCUGAUGACUUCCGGCUCAAGUAUGAAAAUGAACUUGUCCUCCACCAAAACACAGAGGCCGACAUCAACGGGCUGCGCCGCGUCCUGGAUGAGCUGACCCUCUGCAGAACCGACCAGGAGCUACAGUAUGAGUCCCUGAGCGAGGAGAUGACACAUCUCAAGAAGAACCAUGAAGAGGAAAUGAAGGCUCUGCAGUGCGUUGCGGGAGGCAACGUGAACGUGGAGAUGAACGCAGCGCCCGGAGUGGACCUCACGGUCCUGCUGAACAACAUGCGGGCUGAGUACGAAGACCUGGCGGAGCAGAACCGCAGGGACGCGGAGGCCUGGUUCAACGAAAAGAGUGCUACCCUGCAGCAGCAGAUUUCUGACGACGUGGGCGCUGCCACCUCGGCCAGAAACGAGCUGACCGAAAUGAAACGCACCCUGCAGACCCUGGAGAUUGAGCUGCAGUCCCUCCUGGCAAUGAAACACUCUCUGGAGUGCUCCUUGACCGAGACCGAAGGCAACUACUGUGCACAGCUGGCCCAGAUCCAGGCGCAGAUCGGAGCCCUGGAGGAGCAGCUGCACCAGGUCAGAACAGAGACCGAGGGCCAGAAACUGGAGUGUGAGCAGCUGCUGGACAUCAAGGUCCACCUGGAGAAAGAAAUCGAGACCUACUGCCGCCUGAUAGAUGGAGAGGAAGUCUCGUGCUCCAAAUCAAAGGUCGUUGGCUCAGAAUUAGCCAAAACCACACUGGUAAAGACAGUGGUUGAAGAGAUAGACCAACGUGGUAAAGUUCUUUCAUCAAGAGUUCACUCCAUUGAAAAGAAGACCUCUAAAAUGACCAACAGCAAGGCAGAACAAAGGGCUCCUUUCUAGUUGUCACUUUUUGGGGCAACAAUUUGGAAAUGAAUCCUAUACAACGUCACUCUUCUAAAUUAUCAGGGACAAUAAUAAAAAUACUUUCUGUCCUUAAAGAUGAAUUACUUAAUGGAAAUAACUUUUGUCUUAGUUACCUCUACAGGAUGCUGAGUGCUUGUUUCUAAACAAGUUUAAAAAAGUUGAUGUGCACUUUUUUCCUUUCACUCAUGACUAAUAAAUAAUUAUUUGUGAA